AUUUUUCUUUGCUUUCCUUUAUGAGCCCAGCGCUGCUGGAAAUCCAACAAUUGACUCUGCAUCCGCGAAUUCGCCAUGUCUGAUUCAGUGACUCCGGUUGGACUGGCUGUCCCAACCAAGAAGCCAACUACAAAUGGUGUUUCUGAAGAGCCAAAAGACACGACUCACACCGCGUCUCAACGGUAUCUGUCGACCAGAGGGGGCUCUUAUGGACUUUCAUUCGAAGAAGCCGUCUUGAAAGGUCUUGCUGCCGAUGGUGGUCUUUUCAUCCCAGAAGAGAUCCCCGCUCUACCCCGCGAUUGGGAGUCGAAAUGGAUGAAUUUGUCCUUCUCCGAACUUGCCCUCGAAGUCCUCUCGCUCUAUAUCUCACCCUCCGAGAUUCCCACUGCAGAUCUCAAAGAAAUCAUCAAUCGAAGCUAUUCGACCUUCCGUGCGCCUGAAACUACGCCACUGAUCACCUUGGACGAGAAGGAGAAUCUAUAUCUGCUGGAGCUGUUCCACGGCCCUACAUUUGCAUUCAAGGAUGUUGCAUUACAACUGCUAGGAAAUCUGUUCGAAUACUUCUUGGUGCGACGAAAUCAAGGCAAGACUGGCAGAGAAAGGCAUCACCUCACUGUCGUUGGCGCAACCAGUGGAGAUACUGGGUCUGCAGCAAUCUAUGGUCUGAGAGGAAAGAAGGAUGUCUCUGUUUUCAUCUUACAUCCCAAGGGAAGAGUCAGUCCAAUUCAGGAGGCACAAAUGACUACGGUAUUGGAUGCCAAUGUUCACAACUUGGCAGUGGAAGGAACAUUUGACGAUUGCCAGGAUACCGUCAAAGCUCUCUUCGCAGACCCUAAGAUUAACGAGACACUGAAUCUUGGAGCUGUCAACUCCAUCAAUUGGGCUCGAAUCCUUGCUCAGACUACAUAUUACUUCCACUCCUACUUCGCACUCACGAAAACUCCUUCAUACAAGACCAACCACAAAGUACGAUUUGUUGUCCCUACUGGAAAUUUUGGAGACAUCUUGGCUGGUUACUUUGCGAAGCGUAUGGGUCUGCCUUCGGACAAACUUAUCGUUGCAACGAACGAGAAUGAUAUUUUAGACCGGUUCUGGAAGACUGGCAGAUACGAGAAGAAGCCGGUGAAAGGAGAAGCAGCAGAGGGCGGGAUAGCGGCAGAUGGAGUAAAGGCGCAUGAGGACGGUGUCAAAGAAACACUUAGCCCGGCAAUGGACAUCCUGGUAUCGAGUAAUUUCGAACGAUUAUUGUGGUUCUUGGCAUAUGAGUACGCUGCUGGGGCUGGCAUGGAUGAUGAGUGGAACAAGAAGCAAGCGGGCCAGGAAGUUGAAGUCUGGUUGAAAGAGUUGAAGACUAAAGGAGGCUUCGAAGUCAACCCAGACAUUCUCAAGCUCGCCCAAAAUGGUUUUGAGAGCGAGCGAGUCAGCGACGAGCAGACUAUUGAGACUAUCAAGCACUUCUAUGCGACUGAGGCUACUAAUGGUGCUACCAAUGGCUCUGGUUCGAAGGGUGGUUAUGUUUUGGACCCCCACUCUGCUAUUGGUGUUGCGGCAUCACUCCGAUCAAUAAAGCGCACGACACCUACCGAAACUCACCACAUCUCUCUAGCUACAGCUCAUCCUGCCAAAUUUGCAAAUGCGGUGGACCUGGCACUGAAGAGCGAGGCUAGUUUCAGUUUUGAUAGUGUUCUUCCCGAGGAGUUUGUCGGCUUAGAGAAGAAAGAGAGAAGAGUAAGAGUUGUACCUAAAGGAGCUGGCUGGGAAGGAGUGAGAGAAAUCGUUAAAGAAGAGGUCGCCGCGGAAUUGGAAGGCGUUAGAUGAUUCCUCAACACAAUCACAAAAAGCAUUUAGACGUUCUGGCAUUUGCUUCACAGCUCAAAAAAUGGGCGUCGAUUUUAUAGAACGUACGUAAAUUUCGGAAACAUUGUGCAAAUUUCUCCUCCU